AUGUCUUCCCGUUUUACCACCCGCGGCAACCCUAAUGUUUACAUCUUCGAAGAAAACGUCGGUGUGGCCACGCUCUCCGACCACCAACACUCCAGAGCGACCACCCACAUCAUCGACGACGUUCUCGUAGCCGACAUCAACUGUCAGCUAGGGAACGCUUUUUCUUUCCGUUUCCAGCCCUCCUCUCUCGAACCUAUGUUUUUUGCAGUCAGGCUAUACAACAAUACAGCGGCACCACAUCGUUUUCAACCCACCGUGUUUGAGAACACCGCUGCUCCCAUCUCGCAGUCCACUCCCUCUUUUGAAACCCAAGAAUCGAUCGCCUCAUCCACCGCACCUGCACAUGCCGAAUCUUUUCCGCUUUCUCAGUCUCUUGUCCCGGACACUGCCUCGUCACACGUCCCUCAGCACCAUCUUCCUGAAAAUGCCCCAUCCGCUGCUCAAAACAUCUCAAGGACCCCUCAGUCCACCAGAUACGCUUCCGAACCUCCGGGUAUGGCGUCAGACAGGAUCGCACUGCCUCUGAAGCGCCCCUAUAUCCUGGCCACCUUUGUAGAGCCGACUCCUUCCGUCAUUCUACCCUCCUGGUACCAUCCAACGCAUCCACGAGACUCUGAUGAUCCCCCCUACAGGUAUCGCAUCUCUCACAGUCGACUCCCUCAGCAUGCAGAUUAUCUCGAACCAUCCACGUUUGUUCGCGCAUAUAGGCAAGACACAACGCCCCCGCCCAUGCCCCGCUUCGACAAAGAAAGCUCUCUUAUGCGGGCCCUUAGACAAGCUCAAGAACAACAGACGCUCGCAGUUGGAGCAGCUGCUACUCCAGCUGUCAUCAAAACAGAGCAUGACACGGAGGAUCGUACUCUGCUGAACACCGAAAAUCCCGAACACAACAAGUCCCCGCACGACGUCUCACACUCUGCUUCUGCUGCUCGCCGCAGCCCUUCUCUGUCCUCUCCAUCGCCCUCUCAGCUCAGGGCACCACUGCUGCUGUACAGCCCGCCUCAAGCCCCAGGGAUAUAUUUGGGACAUGGGUCACCCCGCCUUUCGCUCAAGAGGAAGGCGAGUGACUUGCAGGACGGCAAAGAUCAUGACGAGAAGGAGAACGACGAUGGUCAUCGCGAGUCUCAGCAAUCUCGCUCGACGUGA